AUGAAUGUAACAAUUGAUAAAAAUGCAAGUACUAAAUAUAAGUUUCAAGGGAGCUGCUCAUAUUCACUAUUUGCUUUAGUAAUUGAUGAUAGUUCUCCCUCUUCACUUACAAUAUAUACCGACUCCAACAAAGGUAUGGGAUUCGAUGCUUAUGCAUUUGUUGCGCAAUCAUACAAAAAUUCCACUUAUUCAUCUACUCUUUUCACCAUUUCAGUUUUUUCUUAUAAUGGAGAAGGUGAACCUGUUCUUAUUGCUUCUAAUGAUAUUGUAAAUUCAACUUUAUAUUUACCCUUAAAAUGUUUAGGUAAAGAUUAA